AUGUCUUCCGACGACCAAUCCGCUGAAAGUUUCCACGGCGAAGACGAUUUUAAUAAAAAAAAAUUAGAAAGUUUGAAGAAUUUACGUGAAAAUAUCAAUUGGAAGGUUAGAAAAGAGCGUAACGAAUUGCUCUUUCAACUUUAUCCCUUAAUCAGUGAUUGGACAAUUGGACAUUCAGAUCUUCGUAGCAUUUUUCGACCCAAAGAAAUCAACUGGCUUCUCAUUGAGGAGGUGAAGAAUCUGAACGAGUUCUUCAAUUAUAUAACUGAACGUCAAUUGAUCACCAGAAAUUAUGAUGAAACUAGAUAUCAAUGGAAACUCCUCGACUUUGUGAACAAAACCGGCUACAAGGACGUGCCCGAAGUUAACAGAGAUGGCAAACCACUAUUGCGUCGCACCACACCACUGCAUCAUGUGUCUCGAUUCAACAACUGGACCAAACUUCGUCAUAUACUUCGAGAUCGAAGGAUCAUUCCUAUCAUCCGUAAACUUUUUAACAUUUACAACAGAUUUGACUUGAAUUACGCCGACGAUUUGGGAUGUACACAUUUCCACGUGGCCUGUGAGUAUGGUUUGAAAGACGUCGUCCAAAAAUUCCUCGAGCUCGGCCAGGAUCCUAAUCUCCUCGUGCAAAAAACGGGUAAUUCCCCACUGUACUUGGCUCUGAGCCACAACAAAAGAGAAGUGUCGCGAUUGUUGCUAAAACACGGCGCCGAUCCUAACGUAGCCAACAAAGACGGAAGAACAGCUCUGCAUGUUCUCGGCGAGAAUUACUGGAAUUCACCGAAUAUGGAAAUGAUAUUCGAGCUCAAGAAAAAAUGUAAGCCAGGACAAGUUGAUGCCCGAGACAAGUCGGGCAACACACCAUUGCACUUGGCUGUGCCAUCUCUCUUUACCCAUGUAAAACACGUAGUCCAAGCGUUGCUGGAGAUAGGCGCCAACCCGAAUGUGGCUAACAACGAGGGAUUAACUCCUAUGCAUAUUAUUUGCAAAAGACAUUGUAAUGAUGGUUUGUGGGAGUUAUUCUGGAAUAUCAGCGAUGACAUGAAGCGGCCGGUGCAGCUCGACGUCCGGGACAAGUCGGGUAAUACACCAUUGCACUAUGCUCUGAAGUACAAAGACCACAAUGUAAUCAAAUUGCUGCUGAGAAACGGCGCCGAUCCGAAUGCGGUUAACGAGGAGGGACUGACUCCUCUGCACAUUAUUUCCAAGACUGACUACUUCUGGAACUGGGCAAAAAUGUUCACCAAUAAAGAAUUCAAUCCGCUGGUGCAGGUUGACGCUCGAGACAAAUUAGGCCGGACACCACUACAAUUGGCCGUGGCAAAUCUCUUGCCGAAUAUGGUCGAUGUCCUCUUGGAUAAUGGCGCUGAUUUGUCCAGCUUCGUUUUCCCCACCGAGGAUUACUUCGCUGAGAAAUUAGAACCAUUGGAAAUCUAUGGGAGACGUGAAAAGACGCCUAAUUUUAAAUUGAGAAUUGCAUCUCGUGCUAUGGCCGUCAUCGAGUGUCUUGAGAAUAGAGGAUACGAAGUAGACCGAAGUAACGCCCUGACGGUCAUGAAAUUUUUCGCAGACUAUGAAUUGUUCGACAAGUCGGCGGAUCUUGAAGCAUGCGACGGCGCAAAAUUGAUGAAAAAAGUGAAAAAAACGAAGAAAAUAAAGAUAUUGCCAAAAAAACAGUCAUCUCUGUACGACCUAAUACGGUUACGACCCGAAGAGCUGGCAAAAUCAAUCACAUUAAAGGACUUGAAACUCUUUGCGGGCUAUAGCAAAUUAUGUAAGCUUCCCAAAAAGCUUAGCGAAGCUUGUGUUUUGCAUCUUUGCGAGAUGAUAUCGAGAAUGUUUUUUCGAAGUUGGGCAACGAUAUCUUUCUUGGACUUGACACGUUGCAAGUUUCCGGUUCUCUGCUGUGAAAAAAUCAUCGAGAAUUUGAAGAACGAAGACUACUAUCGACGAGUAGGUAGCGCGGAUAAGAAGGUCAAGAGGAAGUCGGACAAAGAGAGCCUCGGCAUCUACCUCUAUAAGGACCUGAAGCAGGUUCACGCCUACUCGAAUAAGUCGACCAUCACAUCUCGGGAGAUCCAGAUGGCUGUCGGACCUCUGCUCCUAGGAGAGCUGGUCAAGCACGUGAUCAGCGAAGGGACUAAAUUCGUCACGGUUUGUUGA